AUGCUUCACAGUACCCCAACCGAAGACCGCCUUAACCUAGGCGGCCUCAAAGCGGACAUCAAAAGAAUCACCGACAAGUUCUUCGCACCUGGAUCAGAUGUCACCAAGUUUCUCGACCUCUUUGUGCAAGGCCAGGAGAACCUACCGCUCACAACAGGAGCCGUCUCUGGUUUACCGAUCGUCUGGCUUCGCAGGAAGGGCCGACCUGCUGACACGCACCCGAGUCUACUCUUUUCGGGUCUACCUGACCCCUCUUCGAACGACACACAGUCCCGGUAUCCCACAUCGGGCGCCAUUUUGAAGUUCAUCGAAAGAUGCUCCACCUCCACCGUACCAAUUUUCGGCGUCAGCGGAUGCGGGAAAACUCGCGGCAUGAUCGAACUACUGUCACGGCGCUGGGGUUUCUAUUUCAACGCUGCUGGGGACGACUUGGGGUCGGACGACAUUACCACGCUGAUAGGUCACAUGGAGUUGCGUCUGCAGGAGGAUCGAGAAGCCAAUAACCGUCAAGCAAGAACGGUGACAUACCUGAUCUUCCUCACUCGGCUUAUGACCCUCCAGUACUGCUUGACGAUUCCGGAUGCUGGACAGGCAUUUACCAGCGCAAGAUGGACUAUCCUCCAGACCUGUCCUCACGUAUUCAACAACGACGUUUUUGGCCAGUUAUUCCGGAAGUUUCUCCCGCUCCUCCCACGGGACCAGACGUCCUUAACGGAGCUGGAUCUCAUGACGGUUGUCCAAGAAGAACUCCAGGCGACAAAACACCUCCUCGUCCAACAUGGAAAUCAUGGAGGCCUUCCCGCAUUUCAGGAGAGGGACAAGCUAAUGGUCGUCCACGAUGAGGCACAGAUCCUGGGCGAUACGAAUAAUGGGCGCUUCGAAUCGAUGUCUCCAGAGAAACCUAGUCGUCCACUAUUAUCUCCUGUUUUGCACGGAUUUCGGAGUGUUGGGGAGGACCACCUUACACUCAUCACAUGUGGUACUGGGCUCAGCAUGUACACGCUGGACUGGGCGCGAAGCUCUGGAUCGGUCAACAAGGCAACAGGACCCCUCACUGGCAAUCUGGACGGAUUUGAGCACAUGGAGUUCCCUGGCUGGACUGGACGUGAAUCUAUCGAGGCCUACGUGGCCGGCCUGCGAGACCUGUUGCCAACAGAUGAUGCUAAACAAGCAUUGGACAGGCUCCUGCCAUCAGAGGCCAUCGACAUGAUGAUGGAAAGGCUUGUCGGUCGUUUUCGACCAAUUGUGACCGUGGUUGAGAGGAUUAUUGCGAGUGGCGAACCUGGCGGCUGGAAGGAUGCGGUGGAUGACACGGAGGCGAGACUGGUGUCGUACGACUUCCGUUCGGUGCAAGGGAAUAUCUGCAAUGAGAUCAGACACCUUGAUUACAAGUGCCAUGUGAAUAUGUCGACGUUCGGGGAACUUCGAAACGUGAAAGAGGUGCUGAGCCGACUCCUCUUUCAACGGUACGUGUUUGGAAAUGACAGACUGGUCCUUAUGAAGGCGGAGCCAGAGUUGGUGGAACGUUCUUUAGGCCGUAUCAAGAUUAUUGGUGGGGUUGCGAGGACGGUUCUCGAUGAGCCGUUCGUGCUGAAGGCUGCCGAGAACUUCUUCAAGAUACGAGAUCCUGGCUUUACGUACACCACGAAAUUGUUGGCCAUGAUGUGGAACAAUACUGAAGGGCACGCAGAGGCAUGGAAACUCUUGAUGCUGAGCGUCUUUAUUGAGACUUUCAAAACUGGCACCCUAUCGGAUUGGCCACAUGAACCUUCGAUUCUCUCACAGAGUGCGAAACUCGCCGGAACUGCUGUGAUUGUCGGUCUGGACGAACAGGGAUUCCAGCGCGGGAUCUCUCACCAGUACAUCUCGAUGAAAAGCUUCAUGCAUGCCCACGUCCACAACGCCUCGAUGCGUAAUGGCUGCGCCGUCCCUCCGUUCUUCUUCCCCAAUGACAAUCCUUUGGGCCCUGACAUCGUUUUCUACAUUCGGGUCAAUGAGCAAUUGUUCCCAGUCUUUGUUCAGCUCAAACUGCGCCUGGCAAUGGCAAAACCAGCUGCCAAGACAGUCUUCAAGGCGGUGUCUGCUCCUGCGAUUGAGGCCCAGGUGAAGAACCUCGUUAGCCUCUGCCCCACGGACAACACAUACAUCAGCAUGAUCAUUGCGUACCCGGCGAAAGUGGUGACCAAUUUGCGUCCUCGACCUAACCCCGCGUACAAUCUGCGUCCUCGACCUGACUCCGUGUGCGAUAUUCGUCCCCGACCUGACCCCAAGCACAAGUGUCUGAAACAGGUCACAGUCAUAAUUGACAAAGACAACAUUGGCAAGAUCUUCCCGCAGAGUCACAUUGACUUCCUCAACAUGAUCAAAGCUCCCCUGAAGCAACGUGCAGUGACCAGUCUGAGAGCGAAAAGCUUUAAGAGGAGAAAGAUGUAG